CUGCUUUAUGUGGGUUCUUUCAUUCAGGGUAUCAGUUACUUCAUGUCCAGAGGUAUUCUUGUGGACCACCCGAAGGAAAUUGCCAAGUUUAUAUUCUAUACCAGAAUGCUGAAUUGGAAGAUGCUGCGGAUUUAUCUUGAUGAACGGCGAGAUGUCUUGGAUGAGCUUGUCACACUUCAUAACUUUAGUAACCAGUUCCUCCCUAAUGCACUGAGAGACUUCUUCAGACACAUUCAUGCCCCGGAGGAGAGGGGCGAGUACCUGGAGACCCUCAUCACUAAGUUUUCUCAUCGUUUCUGUGCCUGUAACCCCACUCUGGUGCAGGAACUGGGCUUAAGUCCUGGUGUGUCAGCAGAUCUCAAGUGACGUACACC